AUGGCCUGGGCCCCAGAACAGAAGGGGGCGGAGCCGAAUCUAAGAGACCUCAGGGCUGGCUGGGCAGGCAGAGAUGGCAGGGACCCCAGUGGAGGCGGAAGCGGCAGAGGCGGCAGAGGCGGCGGCUGGAGCGGCUCCUCCAGCCACCCGGGGCCUAGGACCACUGGCCCCCGAGGACCUCCUCUUGCCUUUAAGAUACAAAAUAGUAUGGUUGGUGUAGUGAUUGGUCGUGGCGGAUCAAAAAUAAAAGACAUUCAGAGUGUGACAAACACUAAAAUACAGAUCAUAAAGGGUGAUACCGAAGCAGAGGUAAAAAUAUUUGGCAGCAAGGAGAUGAAAGCAAAGGCCAAAGCAGCUAUAGAUAUUCUUGCUGAAAAACCAGAAAAAAGCUACAAUUCUGAAUCCAUUCUUGAUAAUGCUGCAUCCAAACCCUCUGGUGGAAGGGACUUAACCACAGAUAAUAUCGUUAGAGAAGUUCGGCCCUCUAUAGACUGGGAUAAAAUUAGGGCAGGAGUUUCCCAAUGGGAGAAAAGAAAAUGGGCAGAUUUACCACCAAUUAUAAAAGACCUUUACAUAGAAUCCGAAGCAACAAGUUCACUGUCUCAAAUGGAGGCAGACAUUUGGAGAAAGGAAAACUUCAAUAUAAUGUGUGAUGACUUGAAAGAUGGUGAAAAACGUUCUAUCCCCUACCCGACUCGUACAUUUGAAGAUGCUUUCCAGGAUUAUCCUGACUUAAUGAACUAUAUUAAAAAAGCAGGAUUUCAAAAGCCGACACCAAUUCAAUCACAGGCAUGGCCAAUUGUCCUACAAGGGAUAGAUCUUAUAGGAGUCGCCCAAACUGGAACAGGCAAAACAUUGUCUUAUUUAUUGCCUGGAUUCAUUCACAUUACUUCUCAACCAACACGUAGAGGACAAAGGAAUGGUCCUGGCAUGCUAGUCCUUACACCAACUAGAGAAUUAGCUCUCCAGGUUGAAAAUGAAUGUUCUAAGUAUUCAUAUAAAAAUCUUAGAAGCAUUUGUAUAUAUGGUGGUGUAAACAGAAAAGACCAAGUAAAUGAGAUCGCCAAAGGCAUAGACAUCAUCAUUGCAACUCCUGGGCGACUGAAUGAUCUGCAAAUAAAUAACUUCGUCAACUUAAGAAGCAUAACCUACUUAGUCUUAGAUGAAGCUGAUAAAAUGCUAGAUUUGGGAUUUGAGCAUCAAAUAAUGAAGGUUUUACUAGAUGUGCGCCCAGAUCGGCAGACUGUUAUGACAAGUGCAACUUGGCCCGAUACCAUUCGUCGACUUGCACAAUCAUAUUUGAAAGACCCUAUGAUUGUUUAUGUUGGUACUCUAGAUCUAGUUGCUGUAAAUACAGUGAAGCAAAAUAUAAUUGUUACCACAGAAGAAGAAAAACGAUCUCUUAUCCAAGAAUUCCUACAAAGCCUGUCACCCAAAGACAAAGUCAUCGUGUUUGUCAGCCGAAAACUUGUUGCUGAUGACUUAUCCAGUGAUUUAAGCAUCCAAGGCCUAUGUGUACAAACACUUCACGGAGACAGAGAACAGAGUGAACGUGAGCAAGCAUUAGAUGACUUUAACAGAGGAAAUGUAAAAAUACUGAUUUGUACUGAUUUAGCAUCCCGAGGUCUUGAUGUUAAUGAUAUCACACAUGUAUACAAUUAUGAUUUCCCACGGAAUAUCGAAGAAUAUGUACACAGAGUAGGGCGUACUGGAAGAGCAGGGAGGACUGGCAUAUCCAUCACCCUUAUGACUAAAAGUGAUUGGAAGACUGCCCCUGAAUUGAUUAAAAUUCUGGAAAGAUCAAAUCAAAGAAUUCCAGAAGCACUUGCAAUAAUGGCUGAAGAAUACAAGUUAGGUAAACAAAAAACAGGAAAUACAAGACUGUCUCAAAAAAAACCCAAGGCGUUUCAUUGA